CUUUUCUUAUCUCUAUCUCUCGUUUACACCAUUUUAAUGGCCCCGGUGAGAGUAGGUGCUACCGGAGAAACACUUAACAAGGUGAACUUCGCUGCCCCGAGAAGCUUUGCGACCGCGUUAAAGUCCGACUUGAAGGAAACCUUGUUCCCAGAUGAUCCGUUUCAUGACUUUAAAGGGAAGCCAUUGCCAAUCAAGGCUAAAAAAGCGGUACAAUAUUUCGUUCCAGUCUUCGAAUGGCUUCCGAAAUACACCUGGAAAUUGUUUAUGCGUGAUCUUUUAGCCGGGAUUACUAUCGCUAGCCUCGCCAUUCCUCAAGGCAUUAGCUAUGCUAAACUCGCUAACAUUCCUCCCAUCAUCGGUUUAUAUUCGAGUUUUGUUCCACCUCUAAUCUACGCGGUUUUCGGGAGCUCAAAACAUAUAGCCGUUGGAACCGUAGCCGCUUGUUCUUUAAUCAUAGCCGAUACCAUUGAAACAAAAGUUAACCCGAUCGAACAGCCAGACCUUUAUCUUAAUCUAGUCUUCACGGCUACGCUCGUUUCUGGUGUAACUCAGCUCAUACUUGGUGUUUUCCGGCUUGGAAUCUUGGUAGAUUUCUUGUCACAUUCUACUAUUAUUGGCUUCAUGGGAGGGACAGCAACACUAAUUUGUCUUCAACAACUUAAAGGAAUUUUGGGUUUGAAGCAUUUUACUACACAUACUGAUAUGGUAUCUGUUAUACGUGCCAUCUUCAAAAACAAAAGAGAGAUAAGAUGGGAAAGUGCGGUUGUAGGUGUUAUUUUCUUGGUCUUUCUUCAGUUUACAAGAUUUGUGAAGCAAAAGAAACCGAAAUUGUUUUGGGUGUCGGCAAUAGGUCCCAUGGUAGUCGUUACAAGUGGAUGCAUAUUUGCCUAUCUUGCCCAUGCAGAAAAACAUGGCAUUGCAAUAGUGGGUGACUUGAAAAAAGGAAUUAAUCCUUCCUCUCUGAAAAAUUUGAAUUUUGAUCCCAAAUAUAUAUCAGCACCAAUUCAAGCAGGACUCAUAACAGCCGUGAUUGCUCUUGCUGAAGGGAUAGCAAUUGGAAGAAGCUUUGCCAUAAUGGAAAAUGAACAAAUUGAUGGUAACAAGGAAAUGAUAGCAUUUGGUCUCAUGAACAUAGUUGGAUCUUUCACAUCUUGCUACUUAACUACAGGGCCGUUUUCAAAAUCCGCGGUGAAUUACAACGCAGGGUGUAAAACACAAAUGACUAACGUAGUGAUGUCGAUGUGUAUGAUGUUAACAUUACUCUUCUUAGCACCCCUCUUCAGUUACACUCCUCUUGUUGCUCUCUCGGCCAUUAUCAUGUCGGCAAUGCUUGGUCUCAUUGAAUAUGAAAAAGCUUACCAUCUCUACAAAACCGACAAGUUUGAUUUCAGCAUUUGCAUGGUUGCUUUCUUUGGUGUUGCUUUCAUUAGUAUGGAUGUCGGCCUCAUGUUGUCGGUGGGGUUAGCGUUGUUGAGAGCCCUUUUGUAUGUAGCUAGGCCACCAAGUUCGAAACUUGGUAAAAUACCAGAUACCUCUGUCUAUCGUGACGUAGAACAAUAUCCGGGUGCCAUCGACGUUCCCAAGACUCUAAUUUUGCAACUUGGUUCUCCGAUCUACUUUGCAAAUUCUGGUUACUUGAGAGAAAGGAUUUUGAGAUGGGUUAGAGAUGAAAAGGCCAGUAAAGAAUCUCAAGGAGAUGAUGUUGAGUAUGUUUUAUUAGACUUAGGAGGGGUUACAUCUAUUGAUAUCACCGGUGUCGAAACACUAGUUGAAAUUUUCAGAAGUUUAGAAGUAAAAGAAAUCAAGGCUGUCAUAGUAAAUCCAAGACUCGAAGUUAUGGAGAAGCUAACUCUUACACACUUCAUAGACAAAAUUGGAAAAGAACGCGUGUUUCUUUCUAUCGAAGAAGCAAUUGAGGGGUGCAAGUUUUCACUCAGUCGUUCGAAGGAUUAUGGUAGCGCACAAUGUUAAGAACAUGCUUGUAUUUAUAGUUUGUGUGGUUAAUUGUAGAUGCAUUAAUCCUUCUUGCAAUAUAAUAGUUUGUGUUAAAUCAAAUAACCAAUAAAUGUAAAUCUAAAUUAUCAUUUGGAAAUA